UUCCUCGAGGAGGCGGGGCCUGGGAGGCGUGAAGAAAGGGCUGGGAAGAGAAAGGGAAAAGUGCUUGGUUUUGUGCUACGGGAAGGCUGCAUCAUGGCUAGCUAUCGCCAGCCCUCGGAGGAGACCCUCCAGGCCCUCCGAGACAUGGCCAAUCGCCUGAGGAUCCACUCCAUCCAGGCUACGUGCGCCUCCAAUUCAGGCCACCCCACAUCCUGCUGCAGUGCAGCUGAAAUCAUGUCUGUGCUGUUCUUCUACACAAUGAAAUACAAACCAACAGAACCAGGAAAUCCAAGCAAUGACCGGUUUAUUCUGUCAAAGGGUCAUGCAGCUCCUAUCCUGUAUGCUGCUUGGGCUGAGGCUGGGGAUGUUAACCGAGCUGAUCUUUUGAACCUGAGGAAAAUUGACUGUGACCUAGAGGGCCAUCCUACUCCUAGACUUUCCUUCGUUGAUGUGGCAACUGGUUCUCUUGGUCAGGGACUUGGUGCUGCCUGUGGAAUGGCUUAUACCGGCAAAUAUUUUGAUAAAGCCAGUUACCGGGUGUACUGCCUCAUGGGAGAUGGGGAAUCCUCAGAAGGUUCUGUCUGGGAAGCUUUGGCUUUUGCCUCUCACUAUAAGCUGGACAACCUUGUGGCAAUCUUUGAUGUAAACCGUUUGGGACAAAGUGAAGCUGCUCCUUUGCAGCACUGCACAGAGAUCUAUCAGAAGCGUUGUGAAGCUUUUGGGUGGAACACCUAUGUUGUGGAUGGCCAUGAUGUGGAGCAGCUAUGUGAAAUCUUUUGGCAGGCAACUCAAGUGAAGAACCAACCUACUGCUAUAGUUGCUAAGACCUUCAAAGGCCGUGGUAUUCCAAGCAUUGAAGACGAAGAAGACUGGCAUGGCAAACCUAUGCCAAAGGACAAAGUGGAUUUCAUUCUUAAAGCCAUUGAGAGCCAGAUACAGAGUAAUAAGAACCUGAUUCCUCAACCACCUGUGGAAGAUGUCCCUGAGAUCAAUAUCAUGAAUGUGAAGAUGCCUUCUCUACCUGCCUACCAAAUUGGGGACAAGGUGGCCACCAGAAAAGCCUAUGGUGCUGCCCUGGCUAAGCUAGGCCGUGUAAAUGAUCGUGUGAUUGCUUUAGAUGGAGACACGAAAAAUUCCACUUUUUCAGAGCUGUUUAAGAAGGAGCAUCCAGAACGCUUCAUCGAGUGCUUUAUUGCUGAGCAGAACAUGGUAAGCGUGGCAUUGGGCUGUGCCACUCGAAACCGGACCAUUGUGUUUGCCAGCACCUUUGGUGCCUUCUUUACCAGAGCUUUUGAUCAUAUCAGGAUGGGAGCCAUCUCUCAAACUAAUAUCAACCUUAGUGGUUCCCACUGUGGCGUCUCCAUUGGUGAAGAUGGGCCCUCCCAGAUGGCUCUGGAGGAUCUGGCCAUGUUCAGAACUGUUCCCAAUUGCACUGUUUUCUAUCCAAGUGAUGCUGUUUCUACAGAAUAUGCUGUUCAUUUGGCUGCCAAUACCAAGGGAAUGUGCUUCAUCCGAACCAGCAGACCAGAUACUUCAGUUAUUUAUUCUCCCUUUGAAAACUUUAAGAUUGGACAGGCCAAGGUGAUCUAUCAGAGUGCAGAUGACAAAGCCACAGUUAUUGGAGCUGGAGUUACGCUCCAUGAAGCUUUAGCAGCUGCUGUGGAACUUUCUAAAGAAGGCAUUUCUAUUCGAGUAAUUGACCUAUUCACCAUCAAGCCCUUGGAUCGUGCCACAAUCCUUUCUAGUGCCAGAGUCACAGAGGGGCAUAUUAUUACUGUCGAGGAUCAUUAUAAAGAAGGUGGUAUUGGGGAAGCUGUGUGUGCAGCUGUUUCUGGUAUGUCUGACAUCACUGUUCAUCAGCUGGCAGUGUCUGGGGUGCCUCGAAGUGGAAAACCUGCAGAAUUGCUUGAUAUGUUUGGUAUUAGUGCCAGAUAUAUCGUAAAUGCUGUGAAAUCAGUUGUGACCAACUUAAAAAAAAAUCAGCCUUGUCAGCUGUAGUUUAUGAAGUUGACAUCUUUGUGGAGUUUUUGAAGUCACAGUUUGAAAAAUGUGAUUUUUUUUUUUUAAUAACAAGGGCAGCUAAUGCUUUUUCUGGUUGUUCUUCAGCAGCUCUAGGUUCUUUAAGUUCUUGUUGAAGUGUUUAUUGUGCAUAGAAAUGCUGCUAUAACUUUUCACUAUAUAGGGUGUAAGUGUUCUGAUAAGAAGUCUAGAAGUAAUGGGAGUUGGGGGGAGAGAGUAGAGUAGAUGGGUGUACUUAUUUUAUUUGUAAUUUCUAAAAGUGUGAUUUUGCAUGUGAAGACUGAACAGUGUGGAUGGCAAAGAAAUUCUACUAUUCUUUUUCCCCAGUUCAAACUUGCAUGAAACAAUAGCAUACCUGUAACUUCCCAAACAGUGGAUUAAUGAAGUUGCCUCUUAUUUUCAUAAACUGCCUGCAUUUCAGGUCUCAUUUUCUGGGACCAUAAAACAGGAUUGAGAAUUUUUUAUGAUGUACAACUUCCCUUGCUAUAUUCCUUCUACAAGGAGAUUAUACAAAACAAACAAACAAAACCAACCCACUAGUUCUGGUCAAUCUAUGCCAUCUUGUGGUUCUUAUGUGUUGUGAGCUCUCUUAACUGUUUCGCUUUCUAGGUGUCCAAACUAAGACUACUUACUUAAUUAUAGCAAGACCCUUGCGGAUGUGAGUCAACAAUAAAAAGGUAUUAAAGAACUGAUGUUA